AUGUGGCAGUACGACGACGUCGACCUUCUCACCACCACCAUCAAUCCAAAUCCCAACGCCUCCAUCGACCGUGUCAUCUUCCAGGUUCAAUCUUUUCUUUCUACUUUUCAUCAUUUUUGUAACUGAGUUUUCAUUUACCAAGCUUCAGCUUUUCGAUAAUCUAAGAUGUUUUUUUCUAGGGACUUCAUUGAUAACGGAAAAAGAAGUCUAAAAUUGAAAAAAUGAAAAAAAAAAUGAAAUACAGUUAAGCCUAGCAGAAAAUAAGUGGAUCAAGCUUCCAGUAGAAACAACGAAAAUCUUUGAGUCUGCUGUGGCUUGUUUCACUCCAAAACGACAUUUCGAAGCACAGUUUCAGCCAAAACGGACUCUUCUCAGUUGUGAAUAUCUCGACCUUCUAUUCAAAUUUGUUCACUAAAUCUCGCAAUACACGUUACAAUUUUUCCAAAAGUUCACCAACGUUUUUUUUUCAGAUUCAAAGGCUUUCUGGUCAAAUCAACGAUCUCGGUGGCAAUGUGAGUUUUUUUUAACGAUUCACUUUUCAGUUCAGAUUUUCUCUCUCAAGUCGUGGACAAGAAAUAUUUCAGCUAUAUUGCAUACUAGGCUUUGCAAAAGGAUGUGAGCUAUUCUUUCAAAUUGCCCAAGAAAAAGAAUAGAGCGUUGAUUAAAGCUAAUAUUAUAUCUGAUGGUUUUGAAAGUUUUAGAGGUGUUUUCAAACAGAUAUAAUCUACAGGAAAGUUGCAGGGCAAGGUGAUGGUGAACAAAAUUGAAGAUCGAGGCGAAAUGACGUGGAAUGUGAUGAGCACGGCGUUCCAGAAUGGCACCGUGCAGAACGUCGAACGAAUUCUGGUGGGAGCCGGUCUACGGAGGGCUCAUCAGAACUCGCUUGCAGGAAAUCGCCAGACAGAAGACUCACGACUGGCCUCUGGUCCCGCUCAUCGUCCUCGCCAUUUGCGGCGCCGUCCUCGUGGUCAUCACCGUCAGUUUUUUCUUCUUACGAAGAUAUUUCCAUCUAAUAAAGUUUUUUGAGUAAUAAUAAUCAUAAUCAUAAUAAUGAGAAUAAUAAGAAAACCAUAUAAGAACACGUAUCUCUUAAAAAGUAGUCUAUGCACUCAAAACGUAGAACAGUCCAAAUAAAGUCAAAAAGUGUGGUCUCCUGAAAUUUGAACUAAAACUCUCCGUAGCCGAUAUUUACUUGGUUUUGAAAAUUGAGAUCAUUCCAACUUUUUUGGGAUCAUUUUUUUUAUUUCUAAGGUUUUUUUUUUAAAUUUUACGAGGCUGUGAAGAGAAUAAUUAGUCAGUUUCCAAGGAAUGAUCUUUUUAAAAACUCUAUCGGCAUUGCCAGUGGCGCACUGGAAAUAAAUUUUUUAUAGUCAAUCGGCUUUCAAAAGAUAAACUGCGCGAUUGUAUCUUCAUUCAAACCUUCAUUUUUUUUUCUUUUUAGUUUCUUUUCCGAACGGACAGAAAGUUUCAGCUUGUGUUCCUGUGCGCAAAGUUGGGAGAAAGAAUCACCGAGUACCGCUACCAGAAACGCUUAUCCGCGGACUCAGACAUCGAGAAUAUCUGA